UGUAGCGGCUGUCCGCCAUUUUGUCCAGUGUGGAGAAGCGGGAGUCGCGGAGAAGACGUGUCUUGGCGGGAAAGCGAACAGGAUUAUUCGACCCGAGUAGCCGCGAGGAGUAAAGGAGCGGCACCAAAGUAGCUGCAAUAGCAGCAAUUUAGGAUAGCUCUCUUAGCCCGGAAGCCGAGAUGCAUCGUGAUUCGUGUCCACUGGACUGCAAGGUGUAUGUAGGUAACCUUGGGAACAAUGGCAACAAGACUGAAUUGGAACGUGCUUUUGGCUACUAUGGACCACUGCGUAGUGUGUGGGUGGCUCGGAAUCCCCCUGGUUUUGCCUUUGUUGAAUUUGAAGACCCACGUGAUGCCGCUGAUGCAGUGCGAGAACUAGAUGGGAGAACACUUUGUGGAUGCCGUGUCAGGGUGGAACUGUCCAAUGGUGAAAAGCGUAGUCGAAACCGUGGUCCACCUCCUUCAUGGGGUAGACGUCCUCGGGAUGAUUACCGUAGAAGAAGUCCUCCACCUCGCCGCAGAUCUCCACGAAGGAGAAGUUUCUCUCGUAGCCGCAGCAGAUCCCUUUCUAGAGAUAGAAGGAGAGAGAGAUCACUGUCAAGGGAAAGGAAUCAUAAGCCUUCUCGUUCAUUUUCCAGAUCUCGUAGCCGCUCCAGGUCAAAUGACAGGAAAUAGAACUUGAGGAAGAGCAAUGUACAGGAAGUCACAUUAGAGCUGAGGAAAGGAGUAUGUAAAGAACAUUGUUUUCUUUAAGACUUCAUAAGCUUGGUGCAUUUUUAAAAUGUUUUAGCUGUCAAUUUUUUUUCUUGUCUCUUGUAACAGGUGACAAAUGUAACAGUUGUUGAAUCUGUAUAUGGUUCUGAGCAGAUCAUACGAAGUGUAAUAAACUUCACAAUGUACCCUUAAGCAUGAGUUGAAUUUACAUCAAUGUUAACUAGUACCUUGUAUAACUUUACCAAAUAAACCAGAAGAGCCAUGCAGUGGCAGAUGUGUCUAGUCUAAGUUGUAUAACGUGCAUGGAUUAUAAAAUUAUCAAGAUUUGCUACAAUCACAGAUCUAUUCAGGGUUAGCUCUUGAAACUUGGCCAGAAUAGCGAUCAGAAUAAAAACAAAGGCCAGGAAAGGGAAUAUAAAAACCUUGUAGGUAGAUUUUUAAAAAACUGUUUGCAGGUUACAGUUUGUAGUAGCUCAAACUUAGAACUACAUUCUGUUGUGUAAAAUACAGAUGUAAUUUUGUAUUUUUGGAAAUGGAAUGUUGCUUAGACAAUGAACUGCCAGAUACUGAAGCAAAUGAUUUGUAUGCAUAAGGGUACAUUGCGGGUGAUAACAUUUUCUUACUGUGCAGAAGUUGUCAUGUCACUGUAAACACUUUGGAGAUUUUGGGAUUAAAGUUUUGGUUACAAAUCGUUGUAAGCAUUUAACUUUUAUAUCUUGACGUACUUUCGAGCAAAAUAUAACCUCCAGAUGGACUUGUGUACAGUUUAAUUUGAACUGUUACUAUUUGUGGAGCCAUAUUCAAAUUUCACUGUGCUUAAUGCUUGGAUAAUCCACUGUUCAAAGAGAAUGUUCAUACAUAAAGGAACUACUCCCACAGAGCCCCUUGUUAAAAUAUCUCCUGUUCUGAUGGUGGUUCCCUUGAUCAUGAGCCCGCAUUAUAGAUAAGAUGGCUACUACAUGACAUGCAGACAAGUUUUAGUAACGUAUGGCUUAGCAUGCUGCACUCAGAUGAGUUGAAGUAAUGAGGCACUCAAAUUAAUCACUUGAGCUUGCUAUUAAGGGAUUCAAAAUUAUGCAUCAAACUUAGCUUUGUAGAUGUGACAAAGCUAAAACUGCAUUGCUUUAAAGUGAAGUGUUGCAUGCAAUGUUUAUCUGCAAUAGAAACUGCUUAUGACACAUGUAAUUAGAACACCAGUAUGUACAUUGAUGUUGUAUGCUAGAAAGUGAUUGCUCUUGCAUUUAGAUUAAAUCCAUACUACUUGAAAA